GCCUGCUGGACUCGUAACGGACGCAUACAUCUUGCAGACCUAAGACGCCCGUCUUGUAUCGUCAUGUUUCCGUUACGGACAUGCAAAUUUGCAAUCUGGGUUAUACUCCGUUUGACGCGAUGGGCUGGAAAGGAUUCUUGGGACAUGUAGACGGACCAAAGGACUCACAUCAGUUUAAAAGAGCACUGGGGUGAGGAAGAGUAUUUCACGGUGAACCUAGGCCCUUCUUUGAAUCCCCAUCUCUCGAUCAUGCCGUCCAGAUCGACCGUUUCGGUGGCACAGUACCUGUUUGCCCGCAUCAAGGAAGUUGGCAUCCGGUCCGUCCAUGGCGUGCCGGGCGACUACAACCUGGUUGCACUCGACGACGUGCUGAAGGCGGGUCUCCGGUGGAUUGGGAAUUGCAAUGAGCUUAAUGCUGGGUACGCAGCCGAUGGCUACGCCCGGGUCCAUGGGAUUUCAGCGCUGAUGACUGUCGCCGGGGUGGGGGAGCUGUCGGUCUCCAAUGCCAUCGCCGGCGCGUACGCCGAGUUCGUCCCGAUCGUGCACAUCGUAGGACAGCCGAGUUUGGCCCUGCAGAAGCAGAAGAAGCUGUUGCAUCACUCGCUAGGCGACGGGGACUUCGAGAGCAUAGCCCACAUAUCGCAACAGACAGCCUCAAAGAGCGUAAAGCUCCAAUGCGUCAACCAGGCGCCAGGGCUCAUCGACGCUGCGAUCACCCACUGCUGGAAGUCCAGUCGACCCGUCUCUAUCGUCUUACCCACGGAUAUGGUGCAUGCGCCCGUCAUGGCAGAGAAGCUCUCCCGGCCGCUGGACAUGCUGGCCACGCCCAACGAUUUCGCCACGGAGCGGCGGACCGCCGAUGCCAUUCUGAGCGCACUUCGGACCGCCCGCCGGCCCAUCCUGUUAGUUGGAGGAUAUAAUAUCCGGUUCACGAAGAAGCGGGAGGUGCAGGAGCUUGCGGAAGCUUUCGGGCUGCCAGUCUUUCUAUCGGCGUCUGGGAGAGGCAUCAUUGACGAAGAGCACCCCUGCUUCCACGGAUUGUAUCUAGGGGACUGUUCCGAUCCAUACACAACCCAAACGGUCCGGUCGUCGGAUCUCAUCAUCUCCGUCGGUAAUAUCCAUUCGGAUUUGAACCUCGCCUCCGUAUCGUGGGAGUUUGAUCCCAUGAAGAUGGUUGAGAUCCGCGACGGACUUGUGCAAGUCCAGAGCAAGGCCUACUACGGGCUAAAUAGCCCGGGCCUUCUGCAGACUCUCAUCAACCACACAAGAGAGUCGACCCAGCCUAAAGGACGCAGCACUCCGGUUACUGUGCAGUCUAGCGAUACUGCACGCACAAAUCACUACCGAGAGAAGACCGGAGUGCUGAAUCACGACUGGCUCUGGCCAACGCUAAGUGACUGGUUGCAGCCCGGGGAUACGGUCAUUGCCGAGACCGGCACCGCCAACUUUGGUAUCUGGUCGACCCGGUUCCCUCGCGACGUCACAUAUAUCAGUCAGUAUGUCUGGGCGAGUGUGGGCUAUUCCCUGGGCGCCUGCCAGGGGGUUGCAGCGGCCAUUGAGGACUCAGCCCGCCCCGGUCGCCGCACUGUCCUGUUCAUCGGCGAUGGAAGUUUCCAAUUUACGUGCCAGGAGUUGAGCACGAUCGUCAAACACAAUCUGACCCCGAUCAUCUUUGUGAUCUGUAACAACGGAUACACCGUGGAGCGACUGAUCCACGGAUGGCAUGAGUCGUACAAUGACGUCCAGGAUUGGAAAUAUCUAAAGCUUCUGGAGGUGUUUGGGGCGGAGCGUGGUUCCUAUCAGACAUAUCAGAUCCGCACCAAGGAGGAGCUGGCAGCGCUUCUGCAGAAUCCCGCGUUCAACAAUGGGCGAAUGCUUCGGUUCGUCGAAUUGCAUAUGGAUCAGAAUGAUGCACCGUCGGAGCUGAAAACUCUCACCCGGCAAAUAGUGACCCGGGCAAGGCAUCCGCCAGACUCCAGGCAAGGGGAACGAGUGGGAUCAGAUUAGCGGAGGACUCUUCCUGCAGAGGAAUAAUGUAUACUCCAUAGACUUGGCCUUUUCCCUGUGCCUGUGAAUGGUAUGUCUGUGGCCAAAGGGAAUAGGUAUACUCCAUGAAGAGGCUGCAUGCAGACCGCCAAAGGCGGUCACUGAGUGUCAUUGUCAUUCGAGGCCAAAUACAACAACACGCGG